AUGUCACAGGCGGGUGUUAAUAAGAAUCUAUUCGUCAAUGAGACAAAAACUCAUCCUGAUCAAGGUAUAAUGAACAUAGGUAAACAAUGCCAUAAAUGUCAACAAGUUGAUUUUCUCCCAUUUCAUUGUGAAUAUUGCAACUUUACAUACUGCUCGAAGCAUCGAAACUUGGAAUCCCAUCAAUGUCCAGCAAAACCACAAGAAAAAACUAGGGCCAACCAACAAUACGAUGCAACAGCUGCAUCUUUAUUUCCAGAUAGAGAAAAAGAUAAAUUAAAACUAGAGAAUUCGAUAAAUAAUGCCACGCCCAAGGCAACCAAUAUUCUUGGUCGUAACGGGGCCCAAGGAACGGUGCUUGCCAAGUUUUCCAAAUUCUUGAGGCUACAAAAGAACAAGAAAAAGAGCGAUAAUAAGGUGAUGGGGAUAUUCAAGAAGAAGAGCGUGCCGCAGGCUCGUAGUAAAGUUGCUGAGAUGGCAAUACUCCGUCGGGAAGCCAAGGGAGACACCAAGGUAGGUGAUACCGACAAGAUCUAUCUCUGGUGUCUAUACAUCAACCCCAAACAGGUGUCAGAAAAUGCAGAAGAGGACAUAUUUUCCAAUAUCGACGUUGACAUGGAGAAAAAAGCAGUCUGGGUCUCGAAACAGUGGUCGGUGGGUAGGGCCUUGGACUCGAUAGCCGAUAAUUUGAACAUCGUCAACAUCAAUAACCGUACGCGUGAGUCGGAUGAGAGACUCUGCAUUUGUAAAGUCAACGACGACGACCUGCCGGCAAUGGUCGAGACUGCCGAUAGAUGCUCUAAAGCACUCAAAAACGCCGAUGUCAUCUAUUUAGUCAGAGGCAGUAUAUAG